AUGAUUGCCAGUACCACUGCCGCUGGUGUCUACGAUGACGCCGAUCACAACACCACCCAGAGCAGCUUGGUCGACAUCUUCGAGCCUGCUGGUAUCUCGUGGAAGGCCUACCAGGAGGGGCUACUACCCUCUGGCUGGUGGUGCUUGCAACCCUAUCCACCAGAACAAGACCUCGGGCUACGUCCGCACAACCCCUUCAUGUCCUUUGACAACAUCCGCGAGAAAGUCGCUCGUUGCCGGAACAUUGUCAAUGCCGAGGAACACUUCGCUGCCGACAUUGCCAAGGGCCAGCUCGCUCCCCAGUACAUGUUCUACACUCCCACUCUGAAGAACGAUGCCCACGACACCAACGUCACCUACACCGAGACCGACCUGAAGUACAUUAUCAACACUAUGAAGAGCAACGAGCAGUUCAUGAAGAACACUCUGAUCCUCGUCACCUUUGAUGAGAACGAUGUCUACUCCCCCGACUCCUACGGUACCCCCAACGACGUCUAUUCUGUUCUCCUCAGCAAGGAUGUCCUCAGCUGCACCAGCUGCGUUGACCCGCAGUUCUACAACCACUUCACCAUGCUCACCACCCUUGAGCAGAACAGGAACCUGACUAACAUCCCCAACCCUAACGGUGAUGGUGCUAUGUGGGACUGA